AUGCCAACUCAUUCCAUCUACAUCCCACUCAUCAGAGGCCUCCUUCUCAUGAGCUUCAUUCUUGCCUCCAUAGUGGUCCUCUUGGCCAAUCUCAUAAAUCUUUUUGCUAUCGGGAAUGUGAUACAUGUUUUUUUUGUGGGAACAUCUGUGAUAGCUGCUUGCUUGACCUGGAGAGUUGUAUAUCUCUUGAGGGAGAUUCGUUUGGUGGAGGAAGAGAGGGGGAGGAGGAGGGAAGGGAGGUUCGUAGAUCGGGAUGGAGAGGAUAGUGGGGAUGAGGAGAGUGGUUAG